GCCACCAGAGAGACAGCACGCGCCGUUCCUCCUCUUGACUCACGGCCUCUCUCGCUCCGACGUCAACUCAGGUCGCUUUCCGAGGGAAGAGGAUGAGCAUACGAGGGAGUCAGCACGCGGCCGUCGGAGGCUGCGCUCUCUACCCUGAGCUCGUGGAUGGGAGAGUGGAAGGCCCUCCCCUCGACGCCCCCCCGGUGCCCUCCCUGCCUUCGGGAGGCCUCAGAGGGCACCCUCGCCGCUCCAACUCCCUGCACCCGGAGAGCCUGAGCGUCCGGAGAGCGAGGAACAGCCUGAAGCAGCGCAAGUUGGGCUUCACGGCCGUGGUGCUUCCCGACGUGCAGGGGCAGGCGGGCCACAGCGACGACCUGGCGGCUGCUUUCGGCCACGACCCGCCGUCGGGAAGCGGACCGAGCACGCCGCAGCGGAGGGCAUCCGUCCACAAGCUGCUGUCAGGAACCUUCUCCGACCCGAUGUCAGCGCACGAGAGACGCGUUGUCAGCGCCGUCACCAUCCAGAUGUCUCCCUCUCAUGACGACUGCUCCUCCUCCUCCUCCUUCUCCUCCUCCUGCGCCGCCGCCCACAACGCGCCCCUCACCCCCCGGCGCUCGCACUCCUUCCGCCUCCUGUCGCACACCCGCGGUCCUCGCUGGAGCCUGUCCGUCGCCUCGAAGCAGGAUCAAGGAGGACUUAAUAAGGAAGGAAUUAAGGAGGGGGGGAUUAAGGAAGGGGGAUUUAAGGAGGAGGGAUUUAAGGGAUUACGCGAUCCUACAGUGAGAUUUAAGGAAUCCCUAAGCUCAUCGGAGAGCCUUGCGCCGGAGGGGGACGUCGGGACGGAAGGGGAAAGGAGAGAGAAGAAGAACGACAACGGAGAUGAGGAACCACGGGAGAAGAGAGAAGAGAAGAGGAAGGAAGAGACGGAGAGGGAAGAAGGAAACGAAGAGAGGACAAUGGAGGUCGCAAGAACAACGCCAGAAAUGGGGUCAGACUCCCGGUUCUUCAGCAAAGUUGGGGUCCCUGAAGACAACGGAAAUGACGUCACGGAAGCCCAGGACGAAGCCAACAUGAACGAAUUGUCCGAAUCCGUUCGCACGUUGAAAGUUUGGGAUUUAUAACGCUUAUAGAAAGGAGAUAUAUCUAUAUAUAUGUGUGUGUGUGUGUGUGUGUGUGUAAAAGAUAAAUAAAUAUAUAAUUUCCCGUAUAACUGUUUUGUAAAUAUAGUGUGGGUGAUUUAGAGAUCUGAAUGCGGUGAAACAGAUGUUAAAUGGUAAAUGGAGUUUAAUGGUGAAAAUGAAACUGUGCAGCUCAGCCCACAAGCCCGAUCUCCGUUGGCGUCAGGAAGGGCAUCCGGUCAGUUACGAGCGACAAUGUCUCGGCCAAAGUUCCUUUAUCUCAUCGCCUUAGUCCCGAAGAGGCGUAAAACAGAAUUUAUUUAUCCGUUUCAUUUGAUAUUAAAACAAAUUCUAAAAGAAGAAAAACGUGAUAAGAAUAGAAAGUGAGUGAGACGACAGAGCAGCGUGUAAUGUGAUAAAGAGUGUUAAUCUAACGAUAAUUAACAUGAAUUUAACUGUACAUAUCUAAAAGGACCACAGAGUAAAAACUACGAAAGGAAAAAAACACGAAAACACAGCCGUAUGAUAUACACAUGUACAUAGGUCUAUAUUUUGGUAUGAAGAAGUGACUGAAUCAUAGAAUGAAAACCUAUAUGAGUAGUCGAUGUUCUCUUACUUAUGAUAAAGGCUAUGAUCCCACAGAGAAGGAAUCUGAACCCUUAUUACGCUGUCUUGAGCUUAUUUAUGAUUCUUCAGAGAGCGUCCCUUCGCGAUUCCUUCCGCUUAUACGAGUGAUCAAAAACGAGAAAAUGUUAAUAUAAAAAAAGAGACGUUUUUAUGAAGAAUUAACGAAAAAUACAUCCCAUCCAGUGCUUGAUAAAUAAUCUCUUUUAUAUAUAUAUAUAUAUCUUUACAAUUCUAUCUAUGUUUAAUAAAAUUUCUCACACAGUGCAAUCUAUCGAAGGAUACUUUAGUUGUAUGUAGAACAAAAUGAAUCAAUAAAAAUAUAUGAAUAAAUAAAACAAUUUAAUCGUCUCAGUGUUGCCAUACGAUAAGUGAAAAUGAGUGAGAUUAUAGCCUAAAAGAUGUCUGUGUUUUGUUGUUCAUCCCAUUUAAUCACAAAAAAAACUAAUAACACAUAUAAGUACCUGUCUGUCUGCCUUAAACG